GGAGCUUCCAGUCUCAAUCUACACCAGCUUUCUCAUCUGUUUUGCAAAUAUGGCAGGUAUCUUCGAACAGCCGCGUAAUGCGGACACCCUCUUCCUGGGCGGGCAGAAAAUCACCGGUGCUGAUGUCCGGGAGCAAAAUGUUCUUGCGACUCAGGCUAUUGCGAAUGUCGUCAAGAGCUCUUUUGGCCCUUCUGGUCUAGAUAAAAUGAUGGUGGAUGAUAUAGGGGACGUUACGGUGACCAACGAUGGAGCGACUAUUUUGAGUCUUUUAGAUAUCGAACAUCCUGCUGGGAAGAUUCUUGUGGACCUGGCCCAGCAACAGGAUAAGGAGGUUGGAGACGGCACAACUUCCGUUGUUCUAUUUGCCGCCGAACUCCUGCGACGUGGAAACGAGCUGAUGAAGAACCGGAUACACCCUACGACUAUCAUCACUGGCUAUAGGCUGGCCCUCAGAGAAGCUGUCAAGUAUUUGAACGAGAACAUUUCCACAAAAGUUGAGAGCCUGGGGAAAGACAGUCUGAUCAACAUUGCUAAGACUUCCAUGUCUAGCAAGAUUAUUGGUUCUGAUGCCGAUUUCUUCGCAAAUAUGGCUGUCGAUGCGAUGCUCUUGGUGAAAUCUGUGAACCAGAAAAACGAAGUCAAAUACCCAGUGAAAGCUGUGAACUUGCUCAAGGCUCACGGUAAAAGUGGCACUGAAUCUGUCCUUGUCAAGGGAUACGCUCUGAACUGCACCGUCGCUUCUCAGGCUAUGAAGACCCGGAUAACUGAUGCGAAGAUCGCUUGUCUCGACAUGAACCUGCAGAAAGAGAGGAUGAAAUUGGGCGUUCAUAUUACUAUUGAUGAUCCUGAACAGCUCGAGAAGAUCAGAGAGAGAGAGUCUGGAAUUAUCAUUGAGCGGGUUGAGAUGAUUCUCAAGUCGGGGGCAAAUGUCAUCUUGACAACCAAAGGCAUAGAUGACAUGGUUCUGAAGUUAUUUGUUGAGAGAGGCGCCAUGGCUGUCCGACGGUGCAAGAAGGAGGACUUGCGGCGGAUAGCUAAAGCUACAGGGGCUACCCUUGUGAGCACCCUCUCUGACCUUAACGGUGAUGAGAAGUUCGAAGCAUCGAACUUGGGUCACGCUGAGGAGGUCGUCCAAGAGCGGAUAUCGGAUGAUGAGUGUAUCCUUGUGAAAGGAACGAAAGCCCACACUUCUGCUUCUAUUAUUCUUCGGGGACCGAAUGACUUCACUUUGGAUGAAAUGGAGCGUUCGAUGCACGACUCCCUAUGCGCUAUCAAGCGGACGUUGGAAAGCGGUAGCAUUGUCCCUGGUGCCGGUGCAGUUGAGACGGCUCUUCACAUCUAUCUCGAAGAAUUCGCAGUCACGGUGGGUUCUCGGGAGCAAUUGGCUAUUGGUGAAUUCGCCCAGUCCCUCCUCACAAUCCCCAAGACACUCGCAGUGAAUGCUGCCAAGGACUCAUCGGAACUCGUCGCCCAACUUCGCGUACGCCACGCCCUCUCUCAGCGCGUACAGGAAGGCGAUGCCAACGACGAAGAGAAGGCAAUCGCAAAGAAGAAGAAUUAUAAGAAUUAUGGACUUGACCUCUCAAAGGGACGGGUCCAUGACGCCCUCAAGGCGGGCGUGUUGGAACCUAGCAUGAGCAAAAUCAGACAGCUCAAGAGUGCUGUCGAAGCCUGUAUAGCCAUUAUGCGCAUCGACACUAUGAUCAAGCUGGACCCGGAACAGCGGCCUGAGAAUGAUGGGCACGACCACUAAGUUUUGACUGUGACACUUCCCGCAUAAAGACCUAGGUAAGGAGAAAGACGAAAACAAAAGUGAAGUGAUUUGGGAGUUCCGUGUCAAUCCGAAAUUGGGAUUUUACAGCAUUCUGAAUGAGUCUGUCAGCGUAGUUGUGUCGCAGUUACUGAAUGACUAAUAAUACUUGACGCUGUCAAUCUCCUGCACCUAGAUGAUAUCGAGUACUUGGUGCUUAGUCCUUUCCUGGGAGAAUGAAUAUAGAUAGUCUUUUCGUUUCAUGACUAUGUGACAAUUCAGUGCCACUUAGGCA